GUUUUCGUCAGCAUGGGCCCUGAAGACGUCCGUCAGACUCCCCGUCCUCUCAAACUUCCUUCCCCUCACAUAGCGCCGCGGAAGGAGGACGAGACGUCUGAGCUCGAGCACGAGAGUUCCAGCCCUUCCUUCGGGGACUUCCGGCACUCGGUCAACAGGCUGGUGAAGAUUCAGCAGAUGCAGCAGGAGGGUCAAGACGACUCGUCGGACUUGGGGGAUGCAGGGGGCGAGAGAAGGCGACUAGGCAGGGGCGAUGAGACCCAGGUGAGGAGCAGGAGGAGGGGGUAGAGGAAGGGAAGGGGUAGGAGGGGGGGUGAGAGAGAAGGAGUAGGGGGCGAAAGGCAGGGGAGAGCCAAGCUGAGGUUAGUCAGGUCCUGUCGACGGUUCGUUUUCACUCUCCUAUGAUGGAUGCCUACAAGACCCCCCGAGACACGCGAUCUGUUGUCUCCACCCCAGGGAGAUCGACGAGGAAGAUUCGCACGCCUCCUCCUCCUCCCACCCCCGUGAGCGCGACCAAGCAGCGCGAGGCUGUGGGAGGAGAUGGCGAGUGGGCGGUGGUGGGAUGGCUGGGUGAGCUCGGGCUAGGGCAGUACGCUCCCGCGUUCCUGGAGCACGGCUGGGACUCUCUCGAGGCCGUUGCCGCCAUGGGGGAGGACGACCUGCUCAUUAUGGGCGUCAAGGCCGGGCAUGCCCGAAAGAUCUUCCGACGGCUCUCGAUGCUACCGGGAGCGAAAGGAGGAAAGGGAGGAGGAGGAGAAUGAAUGGGAGGCCUCAGGUCUAUAAC